UGAUGUCAAACUUCACUAUUUACGAAACCUAAUAUCAUUCCGCUGCACGCAGGCCUAGUGGUGCCGUGCGUUCCGUUCACCAUGACAAGCGAUUCCACAAUAUCUGCUUCAAGUGCCGAUUCUGGCACUGCCCGGCAGAUGGUGACCUAAGAAAUGCGCUGUUUAACUUUUUAUUCCACCCUCGUCGCAACCGUUUUGCAUUGUUUCCACAAAGCAGAAUCAACAGGUGCAUCGGCGUUUUUUGAUUCCCUCCUGAACAAUAAUGGCUCAGAUUUUACCGCUCAGAGAUCGAUGUACGAGGAGUUUGCGCAACGUCUGAGAAAACCAGCGGAACCAUCUUCAGGACCUCCCCCAAAACCGCCUGUAAUUCCAGAUUCAUUUGUUCUCUCGGCAGCCAGCAGUGUAGUACCGCAAGAAAAUAGUACCGACCACGGAUCGAGAGCCACCCCGGAGCCUUCACAAUUAGCACUCGACCAAAAAGGAAAUAAAGAUGGUGGUGGAUACGGUUACUAUCAACCAUCCGCGGGGUAUGAUGUAGCAGCUUACUCUGUCUUGCUAUCCAUGCUCAACGGCCGACCGAAUCCGCCGGCAACAACAGCACGACCAGGUCGUUAUCCCAAUGGAAAUAUCCCGCGGCCACCAGAUCCACCCAGCCGCCCAGCAGCAUCUCGUCCGAACACUUCCCGACAGAAAGUUCCCGCUACAACUUUGGCGAUGCUCUUGUCGCUUAUUCGACCAGUCUACGGUUAUGGAGGAUAUGGUGGUUACUAUCCAUAUAACAACGGCGACUAAUUUAUUGCAGUAAAUAUACACGUAACUGGUCUCAUGAUUUCAUGGUCUGAUUUUAGCGGUAGCUUUUAUGGAUUUGGAUGCGCCAGUUUAUGCACACUGGGUUGAUCGUGAACUGAUAAAGUGACUGCUUACGCAUAAAUUACAAUCGUAA